ACAACCGAUGAAUCAAUUAUCCCGCGACAUCCCUAGUUCAUCAGCCCCUUUGGGCUAUGGCUGAGUAAGCUACUAGUCCAAUUCCAUUAGACCAAUUGGCCCUACAACCGAUGAAUCAAUUAUCCCGCGACCUCCCUAGUUCAUCAGCCCCUUUGGGCUUUGGCUACGCAGCUUCCUGAUUCGUCUCUCUCAACUGGCACCUCGCCUCAGCUUUAAUCCACGCACCUCCAGCGCUCCUUCAACAGUCAAAAUAAAACAAUAGGAGACAGUAAAAGCCUGCCAAUUAAAGGAUGAUUUUGGCUAUUUCUUGGAUUCCCAAAGGUGCAUCAAAGGCUGUUCCAGAGGCAGCUGAUCCUUUGUUCAACCCCUUGACAUUCGGAUGCCUAGUUAAAUUGAGCAGCAAUGAUGAAAUCCAAACUACCCUAUAUUUUUGCAUAGAAAUUUAAAUGUGCUAUUUGGGUUAGGAUGUCAUGAAAGGAAUUCUGCUCGCCUCUAACCCCCUUAGGAGUUGAUACGUGAUCUCACUUGUGAUUUUCGGCAUUUGGAAAUUUAUAUAUUUUUGGUUCAGAGCUCAACUAUUGCCCUUUAAGUUAUCAAAAGAAAGUUGGAAACAGCCUUUCAAUUUAUCCAAUUUCUGGUUUGUUGAAGUAACUAUUGAGACAUGGGAGAAGUUUUUUCAAUUCAAUGGAGAGAUGUCGAUGAAGACGAUGGGGAUAUGGGAAGUGAUGCAUCUGAAGAAGAGGAUGAAGUUGCCCAUGUGUUAGCAGCUGCUGAUGCACUUGGCAUGACAUUGAAGGACACAAAAGCUGAAUUUGACGGCAUAGCAGAUGCACUAAAAGAACUGGACAUGGAUAAUUAUGAUGACGAAGAUGAUGGUUUUUGAUUCCCCGAUAAUCUUGAUAAUAUUUUCUAAAUGGCAAUAUCGUGUUUGGAGACCUUAAUCAGACUUUGCACUGCAAAUAUUCUUCUUUUAUUUUCUCUCUUUAUUCUUUCUCCUGAGAAUCUAGGUAUUGAACUCUUUGGAUCGGGUAUCGAGAACUUGUAUUAUCCAAGUAACGACAUGGACUCAUAUUUGAAAGAUGAUGAUGAGGAUUCAGAAGAGCAGGAGGCUUUGAUCAUAAAGCCUGAUGAUACUGUCAUAGUAUGUGCCCAAAAUAAGAAAGGUGUUAAUUCGUUGGAGGUCUGGAUACUGGAGGUCGUGGAUGGCAAGUUUAACAUGUAUCCUCACCAUUACAUCAUUAUCCCAUCUCUUCCUUUGUGCACUGCAUGGGAGGUAACUUCAUUGCUGUUGGCUCUAUGCAGGAACCAACCAUUGAGAUAUGGGAUCUUGAUAUUAUGGAUGAGGUGCAACCAUCCACUAUACUUGGUGGCAA